UGUGACUCGAGUCAUCAGAAUAUUUGGGCGGGGACUUUAUUUUGGGUCUCCAGGAGGCUACAUGAGAAGCUAAAACCUAGAUGUUGGACGUUUCUAAGCGCAACUAGGGAAGGAACAGGCCUGAGAGGGCUUCUAUGACAUAAGCAGAGCCUGGAUGAUGUCACACAGAGAAGGGCGGAGGUUGCGCUUCUCAUCCACUUGGGGGCGGAAGACUCCCCUGAAGGUGGGUUCACCAUCUUCUCAGCGGGGUGUGAAAGCCAGUUCACCUCCUGAACCCCACAAUUAUUCAGCAGCCUUUUGGUGCCUGACCGGUUUCCGAAGACAGAAUCUGGACGACUAGGACAUUUUCUUUCGGCACUCACAUGACAGAGGCAACAGCAUUGUGUCUGGUUUAAGCAGGCGAGCUCUUCAAACCCAGGCCAUGACCAAGUAUGAAGCCUGAACACAGAACGAUAGCCACAAGACGGUGGACCAGGAGUGUCGUGGUCUACCACACAAUGUCUACAGCCAAGAAGAAGAGCAUGUUUCUGAGGAGGAUGAGCACACCAUCCUUCCAGAAGCGGAGGAGGAGGAGGCCUUCUCCCCAGGCCCUGGGGGACAUUGUGGGCUGCAGAAUUUCUCAAGGAUGGAAGGAAGGUGAUGAGCCCAUCACCCAAUGGAAGGCCAUCAUUCUAGAUCAACUGCCAACAAAUCCCUCUCUCUAUCUGGUCAAGUAUGAUGGAAUUGAAUGUGUCUACGGACUGGCACUUCACAGCGAUGAGAGGAUUUUAAAGCUUAAGGUCUUGCCUCACAAAGUAGUGUUUCCUCAAGUGAAAGAUGCCCAUCUCGCAAGUGCCAUGGUUGGCCGAGUUGUGGAGCAUAAAUUUGAGGGCAAACAUGGCUCUAAGGACAACUGGAGGAGGGUGGUCCUAGCCCAGGUGCCGAUCAUGAAGGACUGGUUUUACAUCACCUACGAGAAAGAUCCAGUCCUAUACAUCUACCAGCACCUGGAUGAUUACACAGAAGGUAACCUCCGUAUCAUUCCAGAGACUCCUCCAGCACACGUGAAGUCAGACGUUGACAGCGACAUCUUAACAGAUCAAUGUGUGCAGUUCACCAGAAGCGAUGCAUCCAAAAAGAUCGGCGAAGUCAUUUACCAAGUUCUAGCCAAGUCUUCCGUGUACUUCUUCAAGUUUGAUGGCAACGUCCACAUCUACUUCUAUGAUCUGGUGGAAAAGAACCGUUAAGGAAGUACGUGGACAAAAUCUGCAGACUCGCUUCAUUUUGCUUUAUUCUCCUCUUCAGCCUUAGAAAUCACAGCUUACAGAGAGGGGAAGAUGGGAACUUGGUUCAAUAACUCUUUUUGUCUGUGGGUAGCUUACAUCUCAAGUCACAAAGGGAAAAUAAAUAUAACAAGAGAUAAUAAUAAA